GGCGCAGGCUGUACGGCUCUGGUGGUUGCCGUGGUAGCCAGGAAGCUGGAGCUGACCAAGGCCGAGAAACACGUACACAACUUCAUGAUGGACACGCAACUCACCAAGAGGAUAAAGAACGCGGCGGCCAACGUGCUGAGGGAGACGUGGCUCAUCUACAAACACACCAAAGUGGUGAAGAAGAUCGACCACUCCAGGGUCCGCAAGCACCAGCGGAAGUUCCUCCAGGCGAUUCACCAAUUGCGUAGUGUGAAAAUGGAGCAAAGGAAACUCAGUGAUCAGGCCAACACACUAGUGGACCUCUCAAAGAUGCAGAGCGUCAUGUAUGAGCUUAUGUCGGAGCUCAACGACCGCAGCGAGGACUUGGAGCGCCAGAUGCUUUCCCUGGAGCAGCGGGUAGAGCAGCUCACCGCCGGCUUCAACGCCCUCCCGGCCCAUCUCUCCGCCACCCUCAGCGCCCAGCACGCUGCCCUGGUGCACCUGCUGCGGGAGAGGGAUUCAAGGGAUGGUAGAGGAGGCGGAGGUGCUGUGGUCCCAUUGUCCCCAGCAACUUCUAUCUCCACUGCCACAGCGUCCGUUUCUUCAGUUCAGAUCGCGGCUCCAGCACCACUCCCGGCCCAGGUCCCUACUUUGGCCCUGGAGUCUCCUCCACCGCUGAGCUCAGAGGGGAGUCUGGAGGCGAGUCCCAACUCCAACACCUGCACCUCUAGCUGCUGAAGACAGCUCUGAGGAGAGAACAGGGAGAGAGGUAGGGGACGCGUUGCUCGUCCUCUUACUUCAGACAAAAGCAGAGAACAGAGGGAGGAAGAGAAAGUGAAAUGUGAGGCGAUCUUCUAAAACUCACGCUCCACAAGAGCGCGAUGAAGACGGGACUGUGAGGAGAAAUAAUGGGAUUAAGAUGAAGGGCCAGUAUGAAGGAUGAGACAUGCUCGGGACUUUGGGGCUCUUUCCCUGAUGACGGGAAGGAGCAGAAAAAAUGGAGACUCUGAAAGGUGUGAGGGGGAGGAAGAAUGUCAAGAGGGUGAGAAAUGGAGGCAGGGAGGAUGAGGAGGGGGGAGGAGAGAGGAGGCGAAACAGCGAGGAAUAAUUAUGUGAACUCAUAGCUACUAAAUGGAAUCCGCUCCAAUUAUUGAAAAAAGGCCUUUUACUCUCUCUGUCUUUCUCUCUCUCUUUCCUCCCCCUUUCUCCCAAUCUCUCUCUCCCUUCAUCAGGAAUUAAUGACCAUGACUUUUUAUGCUUAUAAUGUAUUUUCUAUCCGAAUGCUAUUUGUGUGUUAACGAGCAUCCCUUUAACAGAAGGUUCGAUCAUACGACCAACAUUAAAAAUAUCAAUUUAAAAAAAACUAGUGGCAUGCACUGCACACACACACACACACACACAAAAACACAAAUUACUUCAGCUUGUCCUCCACACAGUACAAGUAAAUACACUACAAACAGCAUUACACAAUCUUUACACAAUGCCCUAUUUACACGCACACAAAAUAAAUGAAUGCACCAGCCCACAUGAUAACACUAAAGCCUAUAUACUGCCAAGCACUCGAUGCACUGUCAAUCUCCACAGAGCACUGCCAAGCAAUGUAGACGCACUGUAACAAACUAAAUGUUCAUCCGCACCUCUUAUGUUUUGUGUGUGUGAGCUAAUGCAGUAGUUCAGCCCGAGCGUAGUUGUGACAUUUUAACGACUCAGUCGGGAGAAUUAUUACAGUUCGUGAAACUACACACAUCGAGCAUCAAGCUGAAAUAAGAUGACAUGAUACGGGAGUCAUAACAACGUCUUAUUUGUGAUGAUGGAGACAGUAGCAGGCGAUAAAAUCAUGUAACACAACUAUAACGGGACUUUAUUACUGCAUUGACGUGUUUACAGGUUAAGUCAAACUGAUGUUUAUGUGUGUUUGUAGGUUUGCUUUACGGAAAUUAAGACUUUUGUUUAAUUCCUGUGAUCAUUUCAUCGCCUCUGAAAAACCUCAGAAAAUGUAUUAAUAAUUGUGUGUACUCUUUCUCCUUCUGGGAUAACUUUGAGAUUAUAACGUUUAUUUAGUAUUUAUUUAUUUAUCACAUUGGCAUUUCGGUCAGUCUGCUUAAUUUCAAAGAUGGUAUCGCAUCUUCUUAAUGAAUCUCUGGCUCUGCAACUCAGAGCUUCGCAAGAAUUUAAUGAUCCUCAUUACAUGUUGGUGAAUCAUUUACUGUAGUCCAUCCACCCAGGAGCAAAAAUCUAAAUGGUACCCCUGAAUAACAAAUGAUCUGCUCAGUCUUUUACAAACUGACUGUAGCGAUUACUCCUAUUUUUCAGUUUAAGAAACGCUAAAAUAUAGAUUUUUAAUCAUUUAAUUUACCUUAAAAAUUCAUAACUCUGUGAUUAUAAGUUGAAUGUUAUUGAUAUUUUGUUCAGUGCAUGGCUAUGUGGAAGACCACUGCCAUUCUGUUAUUCAAGCUCACAGUCCCAAACGUCUCACUGUUAUCAUGAAUGUAUCCUGUGUUCAGAAAAAUACACUUAAUAUUUCUCGCUCGAUCCCUUAAACUGCCAUGCAGACACAGGAACACAAAUACACACGUGCACGCACACACAGAUGCACACACACACACACACACACACCUCAACAACCAAAGUGCUCUCUCUUAAAUGGACUACAAUAAGAGGCAGGGAACGCUGCUGUCCCUGGGGACAGACAGAUAGCAGGAGGCAUUGCAGAUAUCUUGACAAUAUUUCUGAGGGAAUAACUGUGAAAAUGCGGGCAUGGACUUGUUACAGUGCUGAACAUGGACUGCUCCUCGUUGCUUUUAAAACCAGAUUAAGGCGGACUACAGAUGAACACAAAUAAACCUUAUAAAGGAAAAUGGCCAUGACGGAACAGCUGUUCAUGAAAACACACAGAAAGAGAGACUGAGGUGUAUCUGAGAGGAACUGUAAUGGUGUGAUGGGGAGAGAAGACACAAGCCCUUUGCAUUGGAGACAAUAUCCAAACUGUCUUAUAGUGACACGCUGUGGCCGGAAUACUGAAUUACAUACGCUUGGAAUAUUGUACAGUAUGCUGUUAACGAAAUCUAGCUUUGUAUUGCUUAGUCUUUUUCUACCAUUAUGAUUAAACGCAGUUAUAGCUGAUAUCUAAUAUUAUUAAACUCUAGUAUUCUUCUCAUUCGUCAUGACAACUAUGAUUCUGUGUAUUAACAAUACGUUAAAUAAUUAUGAACAAGGAAAGUGCCGUUUGAGGUUGAAAUUAUUUUGUAAUUUUAUUUUAUCAGAGAAUUAAUAAAGUAUAUAUCUAUAACA